GCUGCAAUUUUCAUUCAUUCCAUGUCUCUGUAAUGGCAGAACACAGCCCCAUUCGCUCAAAUUCAAAUAUAUUCACACCAAAAAAUACCCCAUUUCCCUUAACCCACAAUAAAAAUAUGUUUCUCCUUUUCUUCUCCUUUCUCCUCUCCACUUUCCCUCCACUUUCGCUUUCACUCAACCAAGAAGGUCUUUACCUUCUGGAACUCAAAUCCUCCUUUUCCGACCCCGACUCAGCCCUUUCUUCGUGGAACUCACGUGAUCCAACCCCAUGCAACUGGCGCGGCGUUUCAUGCGACGGCGCCACCGGUUCAGUCACAUCCCUCGACUUCUCCAACGCCAACCUCGCCGGCCCUUUCCCUUCAGUCCUUUGUCGGCUCCAGAACCUUUCUUACGUUAGCUUCUACUACAACAACGUCAAUUCCACCAUACCCGAUAUCUCCACGUGUCGAAAUCUCGUUCACCUUGAUAUCUCCCAGAAUCUCCUCACCGGCGAACUCCCCCACACUUUGGCUGACCUCCCUAAUUUGAAAUACCUCGAUUUAACCGGUAAUAAUAUCUCCGGCGACUUUCCGGCGUCGUUUGGUGGGUUCCAGACUCUCGAGGUUUUGUCUCUUGUGUACAAUCUCCUUGAUGGGACAAUCCCUGCUUUUUUGGGUAACAUUACUACGCUGAAAAUGCUGAAUUUGUCGUACAACCCGUUUAGUCCGGGUCGGAUCCCGCCGGAGCUUGGAAACUUGACGAACUUGGAGAUUUUGUGGCUGACCGAGUGUAAUUUAGUCGGGGAGAUUCCUGAAUCCCUGGGGCGACUCAAGAAACUCGCUGAUUUAGACUUGGCACUUAACCAUUUAGUGGGGAGCAUACCGAGUUCACUCACUGAGUCGGUUAGUCUAGUUCAGAUUGAGCUGUACAACAACUCGCUGACCGGCGAGUUACCUCGGGGGUUCUCCAAUUUGACUAAUCUGAGACUCCUCGACGCGUCGAUGAACCGGUUAACUGGAAAGAUUCCGGACGAGUUGACUCGGCUGCCACUUGAAAGUCUCAACCUGUACUCCAACAAAUUUGAAGGAACAUUACCACCGAGUAUUGCUGACUCACCAGCUCUGUACGAGCUCAGAAUCUUUCAGAACCGACUCAACGGUGACUUACCACAGAAUCUCGGCAAAAACUCACCGCUGAGAUGGUUCGAUGUCUCCAGCAACCAAUUCACCGGUCCAAUCCCACCCAGUUUAUGCGAGAAAGGGAGACUGGAAGAUAUGCUAAUGAUAUACAACUCGUUUUCGGGUCAAAUACCACCGAGUUUAGCGCAUUGUCGAAGCCUGAACCGGAUCCGACUCGGUUACAACAAAUUAUCCGGCGAAAUACCAACCCGAUUUUGGGGCCUUCCCCAUGUUUAUUUACUCGAUCUCGCUAAUAACUCAUUCUCUGGGAAGAUAGGGAAAUCCAUUGCAAAUGCCAAGAAUUUGUCGCUUUUGAUUAUAUCUAAGAACCAGUUUAAUGGAUCAUUGCCUGAAGAAAUUGGUUUAGUUGGAAACUUAGCUAAGCUUUCUGCUAGUGACAACAAAUUCAAUGGGGUGUUGCCUAAAAGUAUGGUGAAGCUUGAUGAACUAGGGGUUCUUGAUCUUCAUGGGAAUGAGCUCAAAGGUGAACUGCCUAGCGGGAUCGAAUCUUUGAAGAAGCUAAACGAGUUGAACUUAGCCGCUAAUAAGUUUUCCGGGGAAAUUCCUGAUGGAAUAGCGAGUUUAUCAGUGUUAAAUUAUCUUGAUUUGUCUGGUAAUCGGUUAACAGGACGAAUUCCGAUUGGCCUGCAGAAUUUGAAGCUUAAUCAGCUUAACCUCUCGAAUAACUUGUUAUCUGGUGAGUUACCGCCUCUGUUCGAUAAAGGCAUGUACAAUAACAGCUUCCUGGGGAACCCUGAUUUGUGUGGUAAUUUCAGUGUUUCAUGUGCUAGGAGGGAUGAAGAUAAGCAUGAAGGCUAUGUUUGGUUGCUUAGAUCCAUUUUUGUUCUAGCUGCAUUGGUUUUUGUUGUUGGUGUGGUUUGGUUUUACUUGAAAUACAGGAACUACAAGAAAGCUAAGGCUAUUGAUAAAUCGAAGUGGACAUUGAUGUCAUUCCACAAACUGGGUUUUAGUGAAUAUGAGAUAUUGGAUUGUCUUGAUGAGGAUAAUGUGAUAGGUAAAGGUGCAUCCGGGAAAGUUUACAAGGUCGUGCUUAGUAACGGCUAUGCUGUAGCUGUUAAGAAGCUUUGGGGAAGAGUGAAAAAGGGUUGUGACAGUGUCGAUCUCGAGAAAGGUCAGGCUCAGGCCGAGUCUCCGGUUCAUGACGAUGGGUUCCAAGCUGAGGUUGAGACGUUGGGGAAGAUUAGGCACAAGAAUAUUGUCAAGUUAUGGUGUUCUUGUACUACUCGAGAUUGCAAGCUUUUGGUGUAUGAGUACAUGCCGAAUGGUAGCUUGGGAGAUUUGUUGCAUAGCUGCAAAAGUGGUUUGCUCGAUUGGCCUACAAGAUACAAGAUUAUCGUGGAUGCGGCCGAGGGGCUUUCGUAUUUGCAUCAUGAUUGUGUGCCUCCGAUCGUGCAUAGAGAUGUCAAGUCCAAUAAUAUCUUAUUAGAUGGGGAUUUUGGCGCUAGAGUGGCGGAUUUCGGAGUGGCCAAGGUUGUCGAUGCAGCCGGAAAGGUUGCUAAGUCGAUGUCUGUCAUUGCAGGAUCAUGUGGCUACAUUGCUCCAGAGUAUGCAUAUACUCUUCGGGUGAACGAGAAGAGUGACAUAUACAGUUUCGGAGUAGUGAUACUCGAGUUGGUCACAGGUAGACUCCCGAUCGACCCGGAGUUCGGGGAGAAGGACCUCGUAAAGUGGGUCUGCACCGCCCUGGAUCAGAAAGAAGUGGACUAUGUUCUUGAUUCCAAACUAGAUCCGUGCUUCAAAGAAGAAAUAUACAAGGUACUCAACAUCGGCCUCCUCUGUACAAGUCCACUCCCAAUCAACCGCCCGACAAUGAGAAGGGUGGUGAAGAUGCUGCAAGAAGCCGGUGCCGAUAACCAGCUGAAGGGUACUAAAAAGGAUGGGAAAUUGACUCCUUAUUACUACGAAGACUCCUCGGAUCAAGGAAGCGUAGCUUGAGACUGAUAGCUUGUUGCAGAAACAAUACCACAAACUGCAACGCACCCUUUUUGCUCUCAAAGUUUUGCCUUCUCAACCAUUCUGUUUAGUGGGGAGGAAAAAGGAGUAGGAUAUGAAAUGAUCAAAGGAGAGGCAGAUGACACUGUAAAAUCUGGGGUUGGAGUCUUGUGAAGGGAGAAAACAAUAUUAGGAGAGUUUGUAUUUGUUUAAAGGUCCGACAAAACUCGAUUUGAUGCGUAAUUACUACUACUAGUUAGGUAAGGUUGGUUCACCAAGGGCCGUAUAAACCAUUUACUCAUCCAUCCAUGAAUUUGGAAAGUGGGAGAGGACAAGAACCAUAGUUUCAGAUCAUUGCCUUCAAAGAUUUGUUUC